GAUUCCAUCAGGAAUGAGGUGUUGAGAGUGAUUGAUAUAAGUUGUAGACCUUUCUUCACGAUCUACCUAAAAUAAAUUAUGUAUAAACUAUAUUAUAUUUUGGUGUUGACUUUUUUCAGUAGAUGAAGUUGAAUGCUCUAACUUCACGGUGUCUGUGUUGGAUGGUGAAGAUGCUAUGUUACCGUGUAUCCUUCCGCCACAGCUGUCGGAAAAUAAUACAGUGUACUGGAACUUUGGCAAGAAGACGUUGUCCGAGGGAGACAAUAUAACCAUCCGAAGCAAUGAAGACAGGUUCUCUCUGUAUCGACCCUAUAACAGUGACUGGUACCUACGUAUAUCUCCAGCAGAAAUGGGAGACGAGGGAAUCUAUCAAUGCCACGUUGAAGACGCUUUCACUUCUACUGUUAAACUUCUCGUGGAAUCACCACCGGUUGUCACAGGCUACCUGGCUAACAAAAUUUACCUGCAAGUGUGUAACACUGCACGAGUAACAUUAUAUUGUAAUGUGACUGGACGACCGCCACCCACAAUCAAAUGGUAUAAAAGGAUAUCUAAGGAAAAACUAAAAUACUUAGACCUUAACACAGAAAGUAUUUUUAUUCCUGAUGUCGGUCAUUCUAAUGCCGGUAUAUACCUUUGCCAAGUGUCAAACAAACAUGGCCAGACAGGCAUGGAGUUCCAUAUAACUGUGGUUGACCUUGUAGAGGAACUAAAUACAGCUAGCGGUCCCCAAGUACCAUAUCAGAGUGGGCACAGUCCAGUGUUGGGUUCAGCAAUUCGUGCCGGUUGUGCUGACAAACAUAUCCUCUAUUUUCACUCUUUUGUUGUUGCUAUAUGGACUACACGUGCAUUUGUUUAUUCAUUAUAG